AAUCUAAAAACGUUUUAAAAUAUAUCAGACAAUGCAGGUUUUACUAUUGUUAAUUUUGGAAAUGGUAUGAACUACGGUGAAAUAAUAUUUUAACCACAUAAUUUGUAUGAGGGAAGGUAGGGCAGCCGCACAUGCUCAUAGAUUGCAUGACAUUUUUUCUGUUUGGCAGUCUGCAGUUACUCCCCGAGUAUCAGGGGAAUACGCUCACCAAGACAGAUCAGGAUCUAGAGCGGGUAUGGCAUCCAGCAGGGUCUCCUUCUCGCAAUACCGUCUAGAAGCAGAGAUUGACCGCUACAGAGCGGAGUGUCAAUGGGACAAAAUACCCAUUAUCGUAGAGCAACUGGUGGCCGCGCGUUUUCACGAAGACGAUGACUACGGGACACUGUUGUUGGCCGAGGCACUGCUGGAGGAGUGUCUACAGGACAACAUCAGCCUUUUGCGCAACGCCACACCCUUGACAGACAUCAACCAGCCCAAACUUGCCCGCUCCAAGGGCUUUCUCAACUCCAUCCUGAGCCGGGGACGUCUUGGGCCCAGGCACCUGAACGAGGCUCUCCUCCUGAUGGCUAAAAUACACUAUGUCCAGGGCCGUUACCGUGACGCCCAGGGUAUGUGUGCGAGGGUGGGCAUAGAGGAACUGACGGGGGAUGGGCAGCCGGUCUACCACCUGCGUCUGCUGGCCGAUGCCUUUGUCAUCAAAGGUCUGUCCCUGGAUCACCAGGCCGUGUCGGCCGCCUCACGUGUCCGUCUCUCGGAGAGGGAGGAGGAGUGCAUGACCUGCUACCUGAGGGCCUGUGACACAGCUCUUGUUUACCUGCAAGAGCUCGAUAAGAUGGUCGUCACCCCGAGUUCGAAAGGAGCUAAGACCAGUUUGGCCUCCCCGCCACCGGACAUUGACCUGGGCUUCUUCCAGCAGGCGGCGCUACAGAGCGCAUACCUGUGUCUGCUGAGUAGAGGUCACUUGGCCCAGGGGGCCCAUCAGCUCCGGAGGGUCCUCAGGGUGGUGGAGUCCAGGGGGUCCCAGUGCUUCAGGAAGGCAGCAGCCAGGAAACUGGCUGAGGUGUUGCUGAGCUCGGUGAGUGAGGACAGCUACUGGGCCCCCACGGCCCUCCCACCCAGCGCCUGGCUACAGAGGGAAGGAAAUGCCAGCCAGAAGGACGCCUUGUACCCCUCCACCAAACUCCCACAGCGCUAUAGCACCGACAGUGUCUUCUGUCCCCAGGACGUGGUUGAGGAAGCCGUUCUCCUGCUGCUUAUCACGGAGUCCAUGGCCAGCGGAGAAGCUGUCAUCAGCCGAGCGCCCGACCAGAAGGAGGCGCGGGAGACCAGUCUACAGGAUGCCACCUCUGUCUAUGACCUGCUGAGCAUCGGCAUGGCCAGGAGGGGGCAGUAUGGCAUGCUGUCUGAGUGUCUGGAGCGGGCCAUGAAGUUCUCAUAUAAUGAGUUCCACCUCUGGCACCAGUUGGGCUUGUCACUCAUGGCGUGCGGGAAGGGUGUUUCGGCCGUGUCGGUGCUCAAGGAGUGCGCCAGGAUGAGACCUGAGGAUCCUUCCCUGCCGAUGUUGGCGGCCAAAGUCUGCAUCAACCAGCUGCACUGGCUGGAGGAAGCUGAAGCCCUGUCCCAGAGUGUGGUGGCCAUGGGAGAGGGAGCGGCCGAGUUCCUCCCCCGCGCAUACCUUACCAUGGGGCUGUGCUGCAGCCUGCAGGCCUCGGACGCCGCCCUGAAAGCUGAGCGGGAUGUGUUCAACAGACGAGCGUUGCAAGCCCUACAUAAAGCCCACGCCCUGGACGCCCAUGACGCUAAGAUCGCUCUCUACCUGGCCCUCCAGCUCGCUGUUGUUCGCCAGGUGUCCGCUGCCAUGGACCCCUUGCAGGUGUCCCUGUCUCUGCAGGGGGACGACCUGCACUCCCUCCACCUGCUGACCCUGCUGCUCAGCGCCCAGAAACACUACCAACACGCCCUGGAGACCCUCACACUGGCUCUCAGCCAGCACCCGGACAACUUCAACUUGCUGUUCACCAAGGUUAAGCUGGAGGAGGUUCUCUACGGGCCGGGCACAGCACUCCAGACCUGCGAGGACAUGCUGCAGAUAUGGCAGAGCCGCUACGACUUCACACGCACCAGUGAGGGGGAUGACAGCAGCAGCAUCCACCCACCAGAGCCACCUCCACCCAGCCGAAAACUCAGCGGGCACCACCUCAACCUGCCGGAUUUCCAGGACGCUGACACUGGUUCACAGAGCGGUCCAUCCCUGGCUGCGUCUCGUCUGGAACAGGCCAUGUCAGAGUUGUCUGCCAAUAGCUCUGCCCAAAAACAGGGCCCUGCCUACAUAUGGACCACCCUGGAGUGCAUCUGGCUGCAAGCAGGUGAGUUGUUCAUGGCCGAGGGACGUGUGAAGGAGGCCCAGUUUUGUGUCCAGGAGGCAGCGGUGCUCUUCCCCAACUCCCACUCUGUGCUGCUGCUGAGAGGCCGUCUGGCUGAGCUCAGAGGGAACCAGGAUGAGGCCAAGAGCUUCUACGACGAAGCUUUGGCCAUCCACCCAAAUGGACACCGUAUACUGCUACACCUGGGUCGGUUGUUGGUGCAGUGUGGGCGCGUCGGCCUGGGGGAGAAGGUGCUGCGCGACGCUGUGCAGUCCCAGAGCACGUCCCACGAGGCGUGGAGCAGCCUCGGGGAGGCACUGCAGUCCCGGGGUAGCAGCCAGGCCCCUGACUGCUUCCUCACAGCCCUGGAGUUGGAGGCCUCCUGUCCCAUCAGGCCUUUCACCGUGAUCCCCCGCGAGCUGUGACAGGCAGACUAUAUUUGAAGCCCUCCCUUGCAAAGUUCCACUGACUCUCUCCGCUCUUCCAGAAAACCUGUUCUGAGGAAUCCGAAUUUGCUGCUUUUAUUCGCCUGACGCUUGCCUCUCUCCAGCCAGUAUUUCUGGAAAGCCGGGAAUUUCAGGAAAAUUACCGAAGUUUUGCAACCCUGGGCAAGACUUAACCCGCAAUCUUAAGAAACAUUCCUGUGUUUGUUUUGUUCUCAUAGACAGACUGAAGGGUCUCAGUCGGCAUGUUCAACAGAACAUUCCAGUGAAUGGGAUUUAAAUCACUGGUUGUUUGUAUUGUGUAUUUAAGUGAUAAGGCGGGGUGGGGUUUGGCCACAGAUAAGGGCUGUUUUUAGUGCUACACAACGUGAACUGCCUGGAUACAGCCCCUAGUUCUGGUAUAAUGGCCAAAUACCAUAACCCGCCCAGGUUGACUUAGUGCAGUAAAAAGUAGGUUCUUGUUAUAGCCAGGGUAUUCAGUUUGAUAUAUCACAGCCUAUAGCCAAUUAGCAUUCAGCGUUCGAGCCACAGACUUUAUAUCACUUUGUAUUAUUGAUGAUGUGUGUUGUUUUAAACUCAUUAGUCCUUCAUUGUCCUUAUAAACAAUGACAUGAAAUCA